UCAGUCGUAUUUAGCUGCGACGCCGAUCCGACGUGGUUCCUGUCCAUCGGCUCAGCUUUUUUUGUUUUUGUUUUUAUAACUCUCGAUUGCCGCAAUCCCACGCUCCGAGCCCUCGCCACGCCGCCUUGAUCCAGCUAAUCGAGUGUCCGGCCCAGUCAUUGCUAAUAAGCGCAUGGAAGCAGGAGGAUAGCCGGAAAACCAACUGGUCACGUAAUCAAUCAUUUUAUGGACUAGGAGCCAACAUACCCCAGGAAAAUGCACAAGGCCAUUAAAAACAAAUCCAGGUUACUGUGUGGCCUCAAGGACUCCAGAGCGGAUCUGACCACAGCCAAAUUUAUACUCUAUUAUGGACCUACGGUAGCUGAUAGUGAUAUCUAUGACUUAACUGAUUACCAGAGUCUACUGGAGGACGAGAACUUGGAUUUGUGCAAGAAUACGGUUCUCUAUUUGCAUGGCUAUAUCGAAGACCCGGAUGUAGAGAGCAUCCAUGUUAUUGCUGAAGCGUACCUGGAGCGCAAGGACACUAACCUUAUCGUUUUGGAUUGGGGAGAGUUGGCCGAUGGCAACUAUAUAUUCGAUGCCCUGCCUAACCUGAAACAGCUGGGGCCGGAACUGGCCAAGGUACUUCUUCAAAUGUUUGACCAUGGUCUGGAUAUUGAAAAGUUCCACAUAGUUGGACACUCGAUGGGAGGUCAACUGGCUGGACUAAUUGGCCGAGAAAUAUUCAAGCGCACUAAGGGCGUUCGAAAGCUAAAAAGAAUUUCCGCCCUGGAUCCUGCAUUUCCUCUGUUUUAUCCCGGAAGUCAUCUAAGCGCCACGGAUGCCGAGUUCGUGGACGUCAUACAUACGGAUGCCUGGCUUUAUGGCGCUCCGACAAGCACGGGAACGGCGGACUUUUGGCCCAAUGGAGGCAAGAGUCUACAACCUGGUUGCCCCAAGCGCAAUUACAAAAUGCUCAGUGACAACGACUUGGCUAGUCACCGUCGCAGUUGGUGGUUCUGGGCCGAGAGUGUAUCCGAUCGCUAUCCAAUUAGAUUCGAUGCAGUUCCUGCGAAGAACUGGUCCGAAUUUAAGCAGAAGAAAACCACUGAGACGUCCCCAGUUGUGAUGGGUCAUCACUGCCCCACUUCUGUACAUGGCAAUUUUUACUUACAAACCAAUGGACAAACACCAUUCGCCAGGGGAAAGGAAGGAACCGUUUAUGUGGAACCCAAGGAGCUAUUAGGCAAUACCCCCUGCAUCUGCACCAGCGAGGCUCCACAUCAUGAACACAAAUAGACCGUUAAACAUAAGAAAUUCGCAUUUUUAACAGCUUUAGCUUCUUUAAUGUUUUACAUUACAUAUUUGUUUUAAUGGAAAUAUAUGCCUACUUACAUUUUAUUGUUGACUCGGAGGACAUCCACAAAAUCACCUACUUAAUUGUACAUAUGUAUUUAUGUAUAUUAUUAAAGAAAUAAAUAUUUUCGAAUUUAAA